AUGGCAUCCCCUAUCAAAACACCGUUAUGCGAGCUCCUCGGCAUCCAGCAUCCCAUCCUCCUCGCUGGCAUGGCGCGCACAUCUGGCGGCCCCCUGGCCGCCGCCGUCUCCAAUGCCGGCGGACUCGGCACCAUCGGGGGACUCGGCUACAGCCCAGCACAGCUCGAGGAGAUGCUGGUCGAGCUGAAGUCGCAUCUGAAGAAUCCCGGCCUGCCGUUUGGCGUUGACCUGGCGCUGCCCAAGGUCGGCGACGGCGCUCGAGCUACCAACCAUGACUAUACCCACGGCCAGCUCGAUGAGCUGAUCGAAGUGACCAUCAAGAACGGCGCAAAGCUGUUUGUCUCCGCUGUGGGCAUCCCGCCAGCCCAUACCAUCAAGCGUCUGCACGAGGCCGGCAUCCUGAUAAUGAACAUGGUGGGCGCUCCCAGACAUGCCGAGAAGGCGCUGCAGGCGGGCGUGGAUAUCAUCUGCGCCCAGGGGGGUGAGGGAGGCGGCCAUACAGGGGACAUCCCCUUCUCGAUCCUGAUACCGGCCGUCGUGGAUGUCUGUCGCAAGUACCGCAGCCCGCUGACGGGCAAGACGCCGCUUGUUGUCGCUGCCGGCGGCGUCAACGACGGCCGCAGCCUGGCCGCCUCGCUGAUGCUGGGGGCUGCUGGCGUCUGGGUUGGCACUCGGUUCGUUGCUGCGGAGGAGAGCGGUGCCAGCCAGCUGCACAAGGAGGCCGUGGUGAGUGCUGGCUUCGGGGACACCGUCCGGACGCUGGUGAUAUCUGGCCGGCCGCUGCGGUGUCGAGAGAACGACUACAUCCGAGAAUGGGAGAACAAGCCUGAGGAGAUCCUGCGCCUGACGAAGAACGGCAUUGUGCCGCUGAUGAAGGACAUGGAAGAGGAUAAGGAGAUUGAUUUCCCCUUUCUCAUGGGCCAGGUUGCGGCCGUCGUCAAGGAUAUCAAGCCAGCCAAAGACAUCGUUGACUCCAUGGUGGCCGAAGCCCGGCAGAUGCUGGAGCUGGGACGCUCUUACAUGGGGGAUAGGCAGGGCAGCAAGCUGUGA